CGUCCGCGAGUCCUCUAGGCGCCGCCAAGAGGACUACGACUCCCAGCAGGCCCUGCGGAGGCGGAGCACGAGCCGUAGGGGACUUCCGGACCCUGACGUUGGCGCCGCGCAGGGAAGGAGAGACGCGCGGCAAACAGUGACCAUGACGAAAUUAGCACAGUGGCUUUGGGCACUGGCGCUCCUGGGCUCCGCCUGGGCAGCCUUGACCAUGGGAGCCCUGGGCCUGGAGCUGCCCUCGUCAUGCCAGGAGGUCCUUUGGCCACUGCCCGCCUACUUGCUGGUGUCCGCCGGCUGCUACGCCCUGGGCACUGUGGGCUAUCGUGUGGCCACUUUUCACGACUGUGAGGACGCCGCCCGCGAGCUGCAGAGCCAGAUCCAGGAGGCCCGAGCUGACUUGGCCCGCAGGGGGAUGCGCUUCUGACACCUAACCCCAUUCUCGCCGGGACAGCCUGCUCUCCCAUCCCCCAUUAAAGAGCAAGUUUAUUUUCUAA